AUGUAUGCUAGGGAGAAAGUCCGGGUAACCGUUCAUUCGAGAUACUCGGCCUUCGCCGCCAGUUUCGCAUGUCUGGUGGUUCCAAAGGUGACUGGAAUCAUCCCCGGAUCGAAGAUUGAUGUUUCCUCCUGGUCGAUCCCAGUGGGAAUCCAACUUGCGGAUCCAGAGUUCAAUGUCCCCGAGAGAAUUGAUAUGUUGAUUGGUGCCUCCAUGUUUUUCAGCCUGCUCAAGUCAGGACAGCUGCACCUGGCAGACGGUCUGCCAGAGUUGCGCGAAACUCAUUUCUGCUGGGUAUUUUCCGGCGAAAUCGAGAAUUCUGUGAACCAUUCACACAUCGCGAACAACGCUUCGUUGGAUGUGCUGAAUCAAACGAUUUCCAAGUUUUGGGAGGUCGAGGAUCUUGCCGAUCCAACGCCCCCACCCUCUGAUGUUGAUGAAUGUGAGACGUUGUUCGUGGAAACGCAUAGUCGUUUGCCGUCAGGUCGAUUUGUUGUUAGAUUACCUUUUCGUGAAGAUGUUUCAGGGUUGCCAGACAACCGUUCGCUCGCUCUUCGUCGGUUCCUGCUGUUGGAGCGCCGUCUCAACAGAGAACCAAGUCUGAAGCAGCAGUAUGCUAAGUUCAUUGAUGAGUAUGAAACCCUUGGUCAUUGUCGUGAGGUUGAUGAGUCCAAGGAUGUAGACCAGCAUCGGUACUACAUGCCCCACCACGCCGUCCUGAGGCCGACGAGCUCGACCACGAAACUGCGAGUAGUGUUCGACGCGUCGGCCAAGCAAGGUUCUACGGCGAAGUCGCUCAACGAGGUUCUCCACAUUUCGUAA